AUGGCUGCAACGCAAUCAAGAGUAAAUUCCUUUAAUGGCGACACCACAAGUUUCCCUUCCUUACACCAUUUAUUACGACAAAUCAUGGCUGGGUUGUUAGGUCAGAUCAAAGAAUAUGCCACUAAAUACGGUGCGGCUUUUGUCGUCAUGACGCAGCUAUUGGGCUGGAUCACUUACUUUGGUAUCUACCUUGCGUUGGUUACUGCCAAAAUUGAUAUUGCUGGACUGCUUGCUAGUUGGAACAUGGGCAAGGACAUGGUUGCUUUGGCUAAAACUGGUGGCAUUGCAACCCUCGCUUUUGCUCUCAAUCGUCUCCUCAUGCCAGUGCGUCUCUCACUCUGUGUUCUUUUGAUGCCGUUGGUUGCUGCUCCGUUAAACAAAUUCCUGGAUCCAUGUGUAGCCUGGCUUGGGUUUGGUAAAAAGACUGAAGAUACUCCUGCCGACACCAUCACGGAUGAAGAUCAUACUGAUCAAGUGGAUAGCGAAGAUUCCGACAGCGAUACUACUGCUCCAGUGGCUCCAAUGAUAUGGAAUGUGGAUGAAAGCACUCCAGUCGGUGCCAAUAAAGCCAGGAAACGCAAGUAA